AAUCGCGGGAAAAUCAGAAACGUAGAAGAAAGAAGAGAGACAUUUAUAGCAAAAAUAAUACAAAUAGAUUUAGAGGAAAAGGGUGGGAAGAAAGAGAAAAAAAGGAAACAAGAAAAAGAAAAAAAAAAAGGAAAGGAGAAAGAAGUAUCGUUCGAAAGAGGGGAGUCUCAGGAAAAAAAGGACAGAAUUUUUUUCCGGUGACAGUGUCGGUGUCUCUCUGACGCUCCUCUCUGUUUUUCAAUCUUUCUCCGUCUCUAUACCUGAAUGCCUUCAUCCGUAUUCAGGAAUUUUGCGGCGAUUCAUGGUUGGAGGAGCGAAUACUUAAAGGGCACAAUGGAUUCAACCGAAGCAAAGGACACACCAUCUUGUGGCUGUAUAUAGAUCCAAGUUGAUUUGUAGGUUUUUGAAUACAAAAAAAAAAACAAAUUUUUUUUAUUUAGAGUUUGUGUAAAUAUAAAAUAGGAGUGCCAAAAGUUUGAUUUGGCAUGAAUUGCUUGGCUACGACCAUAAUCAUCACCUGCAAGCCCACAUUGAUCCCGGAUAUGGCCGUGGCUAUUGAUCCUUUCAGUGACCAGUUUCCUUACUUCAACCGAUCCUCUCAAAGGUGCAGACUUCAAUCCCUAACCAACCUUGACUUCAACUUCCUCGCGCAAUCCUUUAAUCAUUCGGUUGAAGAUGACAACAUCCAUCGGAGUGUUUCCUCUCCUUGCUUCUCUAUAGCUGCGUCUGCUAAUAUGGAGGAAGAUCUCAAAGCAACCACGGCUCCACGGAUUGAGAUUCUUGGUGGACAGAGAGUACCCAUGGUUCGUGCCCUUGUGGCUGAGGUGACUAUGGCUAUGGUUUCUGGAGCUCAGCCUUUGCUUUUACCAAGUGGCAUGGGAGGUGCUUAUCUCUUGCAAACUGGAAAAGGACAUAACAUUGCUGUGGCUAAACCGGUUGAUGAAGAGCCUUUGGCCUUUAACAAUCCUAAAAAGUCUGGAAAUUUGAUGCUCGGGCAACCGGGAAUGAAACAUUCAAUUCCUGUUGGUGAAACGGGUAUCCGAGAAUUAGCUGCUUACCUUUUGGAUUACCAAGGCUUCUCUGGUGUUCCACCAACAGCUUUGGUUAGUAUCUCACAUGUCCCAUUUCAUGUCAGUGACGCCUUCUCUUUCUCCUCCAUGCCCUAUAAGGUCGCUUCCUUGCAGCGAUUUGUGGGUCAUGAUUAUGAUGCGGGAGAAUUGGGUCCAGGAAGCUUCACGGUUACCUCGGUUCAUAGGAUUGGAAUACUUGAUGUAAGAGUCCUGAACCUUGACAGACAUGCUGGAAAUAUGCUAGUGAAGAGAUGUGACAAAAAAGAGUGUUAUAAUCGACUUGGGACCGCUGAGCUUGUGCCUAUUGAUCAUGGUCUCUGCCUCCCUGAAUUCCUAGAUGAUCCUUACUUUGAGUGGCUAAACUGGCCUCAAGCUUUGGUUCCAUUUACUGCUGAUGAGCUGCAGUACAUAUCCAAUCUAGACCCUUUCAAAGAUGCAGAACUUCUAAGAACUGAACUACACUCUUUGCCAGAAUCUGCCAUAAGGGUCCUUAUCGUCUGCACGGUUUUCUUAAAACACGCUGCGGCUGCAGGGCUCUGUCUCGCAGAGAUAGGCGAGAAGAUGACUAGAGAUUUCUCCAGGGGUGAAGAGAGUUUCAGUCUUUUAGAGACCCUCUGCACCAAAGCGAAAGCAAGUGUUCUUGGCAAGACUGGCAAAGUCAGCGACGAUAGUUACGAAGGAAUUGAAGUGAACACGGAGCUAGAGUGUGGAAUGUUUAUGUUUGAUGGUGGAGAUACCCCAUGUGAAGCGGAGAUUUCAGAGGUAUUUCAUGUAUCUAAACCACCUUUGGUCCCAAGAGGGCCACGUGCAAACACCAUUCCUACCAGUGUAACUGCUUCGAUGUUGUCUUCACAAAACCAGUGGACUACUCAUCAUGAGAAAAGUGCAAAAGAAAAGAAGAGAGGAGGCAAGCAAGAAAAUUGCAACGUGAGGAGCAAGAUCCCACCGAUUUGUGCAAACCUUGAUGAUUCAAAAGGUGUUUCUUUCGUGGAUAUGACAACAGUUGAAUGGGAUAUGUUCCUGGAGAGCUUCAAAACACUUUUGCAAGACACACUGAGCAAAGGGUCCAUGCUAAGAUAAAGAUCCCCCUGCGGAAGUUGAGGCAAUCAAUAAAUAGAAGACAGGCAAACGACAACCAAAGAGAUAAAAUCUCAUAAGGUUAACUUUCCGGUGUUUAUAUAUAGGUACAAGUGUGCAUUACUGCCAAGAUGACCAUAGUGCAAGCUGUAGGCUAACUAUUAAUACCUUAGAA